AUGCUGGCUGUUGGGUUGUCUUGGGACGGCGCAAGCGGGCUCUGUGCGAGACCCGAGUACGUCGGGCGCAUCAGCGUCGCGGCCGCCAACUCUCCCACCAGCGUCACGCUCUCUGGAGACGCCGACGUUAUCGACCAAGUCGAGGCGCACCUGACAGCCGAAGGCACCUUCGCCAGAAAGCUAAAGGUCGACAUGGCAUACCAUUCGCGCCACAUGGAGGCCUGCGCGCCCGCCUAUCUCGCAUCAUUGCGGUCGUGUGGCAUCCAGGUCCAACAACCUGAUCCUGUUGGCUGUGUCUGGGUGUCGAGCGUGCGUGGCGAUGUAGAUUCGGUACUCGCUGAUGUCGAAAAGGACGACAAUGACAACAAUGACGCCAACGACGACGACGACGACGACGACGACGACGACGACGGCAGCAGGUUGGGAGUAGUGAGAGACCAGUACUGGGUUGACAAUCUCACCAACCCGGUGCUGUUCGAACCCGCCGUCGAGUGCGCCUUGUGGCGCGCCGGGCCCUUUGAUGCCGUGGUCGAGGUCGGACCGCACCCGGCGCUCAAAGGACCCGCCACGAAUAUCUUUAAGGCAUCCUUGGGUGCCUCACUCCCCUACGUCAGCGUCAUGCAGCGCGGGCACGACGAGGUCGAGGCCUUCUCCAGUGGUCUCGGCUAUCUCUGGGAGCACCUCGGAUCCGCGGUCCCUAUUGACUUUGACGGCUACCGCCGCGCCUUUUAUGCCUUUGACGGAGUAGCCGGGGCCGGAGUCGAGGCCGGGGCCGGAGCCAGAACGCCGCGGCUAGUCAAGAGCCUGCCGGCCUACCGCUGGGACCACUCGAAGGUGCACUGGCGAGAGUCGAGACUCUCGCGCAACUUCCGCCUCGCCGACCGGCCAUACCAUGGCCUGCUGGGCCGUAGAACGCCCGACAGCACGCCGGGCCGUAUGCGCUGA